AUGGCAACGGCGGAGACCUCAACGUCCCCGAUGACGAAAGACAUGCUCAGGAGUUGUAAACCCGUCGUCGACCAUCGGAGCAGACAGCCGACUGGAAACGAGUGGAGGUCAUGUGACAUAUUCGAGCCAGAGUAUGUCCCUGCCCUGGUAGGUAUCGGUCGCGGUGAGCUGGUCCGGCAACUCGACGAGCGGCGAAGCAGUAGAGAUCUGGACGAUUCAUGUCGUCGGAGAUGGGGAAUCAGACGACAGCGGUGCACGACUAUAGAGAUAAGAUUUCUUGCGUUAGUGACGACGAGAUGUGACGACAGAGGUGACCAUGACCAGCAGAACCAUUCUCGCCGGCGACCACGACCAGCAGCGGACUCACCGGAGUCGUUGCAGAGCUCCGAUCGUGCGAAAAGCGAGACCUGCAAGAGUGGCGACGAGAAGCGAGAGUGCGAAACCUUCGAGACGACCGACGGGCAGAGGCUUUUCAAAAUUGAGCCAGCAUCGCGACCUCGCACAAGGAGCCGCGACCUCGAGAGUAUUGCUGCCCACAUGCCACUCGCGACUUCGCCCCGUCUCCUGCGCCUCGCGGACGCACGAUGCCCACAGCCCUGGAAGCUCGCGACCACGCAAAGAUCACCGCCAGCUCAAGAGUGUGCUGCCUCUGCCGUCCGCGCGCGUGAAAUAUCUCGCGAGGUCGAGAGUAGCAUUUCGUCUGCGCCAUCUGCCGUCCCCGUGCGCAAGCACCUACGCGACAUUGAGAGUAGUGGCUUCAUGGCCUGUCCGGGCGCGCGGAACCCUCCGCAGUAUCGAGAGUAUGGAUUUUUCUCGCGCCACACCGAGCUUUCCCUCACGCCUUCCUCGCGCCUGCUCCGUGCCACUGCUGCCCGCGACCCACGAACAUACUCACAGCACUGCAGGCCAUUUAUUUAUUCUCCCGCAGGCCGGUUUUGCACCUCAUCCCUCCCCAUACUCUCUUUCUUCGUCGUCUCCGACCUCGCCUUAGCCCCAGCCUCUAGCGUGAGUGUCCGACUGUCCAAUGUAACCGCCAAUAAGCUAAGGGGAGAGUUUAUGCAAGGAGGAGGCGUGCUUGAUUGCUGCUUUCACGAUGGCUCAUCAGGGUUUAGUGCCUCCGUUGAUCACACUGUUAGAAGUCGGGUUUGUGGUAACCUGCAUGCCAUCAUCAUCAGGAAGUAUGGUUUGAUGUGCUGCAAACAAUGCUUCCGCAGCAACGCCAAGGAUAUCAGCUUCAUCAAGUAUCGUUCAGUAGUGGGUUCACGACGUUGA